AUGUCGUCCAAGUCUCAAUUGACCUACGGCACUCGCGCCCGCACGCACCCGAACCCGCUGGUGAAGCGCCUGUUCGAGGUGGCGGAGGCGAAGAAAACGAACGUGACGGUCUCGGCGGACGUGUCGACAACGAAAGAGCUGCUGGAUUUGGCUGACCGCCUCGGACCGCACAUUGCCGUGAUCAAGACGCACAUCGACAUCCUCUCGGACUUUAGCGACGAGACGAUCCGCGGGCUGAAGGCGCUCGCGGAGAAGCACAACUUCCUCAUCUUCGAAGACCGCAAGUUCAUCGACAUCGGCAACACGGUGCAGAAGCAGUACCAUGGCGGCGCGCUGCGCAUCUCCGAGUGGGCGCACAUCAUCAACUGCAGCGUGCUGCCCGGCGAGGGCAUCGUGGAGGCUCUCGCCCAGACCGCCGCGGCGCAGGACUUCCCCUACGGCCCGGAGCGUGGCCUGCUCAUCCUUGCCGAGAUGACCUCCAAGGGAUCGCUGGCGACGGGCCAGUACACGACCGCGUCGGUGGACUACGCGCGCAAGUACAAGAACUUUGUCAUGGGCUUCGUGUCGACCCGCUCGUUGGGCGAGGUGAGGUCGGAUGUGAGCGCGCCGUCGGACGAGGAGGACUUUGUGGUGUUUACUACGGGCGUGAACCUCUCGUCCAAGGGGGAUAAGCUCGGCCAGCAGUAUCAGACUCCCGAGUCGGCGAUUGGCCGCGGAGCCGACUUCAUCAUUGCGGGUCGCGGCAUCUAUGCGGCGGCUGAUCCGGUGGAAGCUGUCCAGCGGUACCAGAAGGAGGGAUGGGAGGCUUACUUGAAGCGGGUCGGGGGUAACGGUAACUAA